UCAUACUGGUGCCGCUGCUUUCAUCUGCUUUGGACCAAGGCCCUGAAAGAGUGGGAAAGGGAUUACAUCUGCUGAGCAUUUUAAGGAAAAAGAGAGAACACCUGCUCCUCACACUUGUGAUGUUUUUGUUGCCGUUUCACAAAUGAGGUCCUGAAACGCCAUGCUUUGCUGAUUGUGAUAAAAUCCUGAGUGUCGUGCUUUUGGGCUUCACUCUGUUUGGCCACGGGUCCAUCCAUGAUGAUGAAGAGGUUGAGAGCAUGACAUACACAGGCGUAUAUGGCAUGUAUGGUAUAUCAAGCAUAACUCUGCUCUUGACUAUCACUGGUCUCUGUGGUGCCCAGAAAAAGAAUCAGUGUGCAUUAAUAGUGUUUGCAGUUGGAAUGAUCCUGAACAGCCUGUACAUGAGUAUGACGGAAAUUGCUUUCAUGACUGCACGAUCAAUGUUUGCUAAGGAACUGAAGGGUCACUACCUGCAAAUGCUGCCGCUGGCUAAUGCUAGUGACAGAUUUAUAGACAACCUCAACAACAUACAGAUGGAUAUGCAGUGUUGUGGACUGGAUCAGGGCUACCAGGACUGGGACUACCAUAUCUCAAAAUCCUGCAUGUGCACCGAAGAGUCCACUAAUCCAUGUGUGGCAGCUCCAAGAAACAGCAGUCUGUUUGAGCAUGUGGUUGAUGACCAGCCCAUCAUGAUUUAUAAAGAGCCAUGCAUUCCAUUAUUAACUGCGCAAAUGAUGACUUUCUUCAAUAUAAGUGUGGGCGUGAUGCUGGGAGUCAUAUUACUCAUGGUAUUGUCGAUAGCAUUGUGUAUUGCCAUCUUGUGUCAGCUACGUCGGAAGGAAGAUACUCCUACAGUGGUCUACACUCCAGAGGCAAAAGCAGGCAACUACGCUGUUCUCGUAGAGCCUGAAGAGACCAUCUGAUUUCUUUGUUUUUAUUUUUGGCUGCUCUUAACAAUGGUUAAGGUCAUCAUGUCAGCAUAUCAAGCAAAGCUGAGAGAAAUAUUUCUCAACUUUGCUAAAUUUAUUUUUGGAGUUGUUUUAUUUUUAUGGCCAUUCACAACUUGAAACAUACCUACCUAUAUAUUUAUGUCAUCCCUGAAGAUACAUGUUUUUUGUCAUACUAUGGGAAAAUUGUUGGCUAUGAAUAUAAGGUGAAGUAUUCCCUGAUCUUUGUGACAAUCAAAGAAUAUGAUGAAGACUAAGAUACACAAGUUGCAGGUCAAGUCUGAGCCCAGUUACAGAAUAAUGAAAAGAAUAUAAUUAAUUGCAUCAGAUUUGCUUCUCCAAAACCCUUCUGCUACACUAGAGAGGUGGGGUAUACAGCAGUUCAUCACUUUUCCUUCCACCGUCUUCAAUGGACAACAAAUAGUCCAAAUAAUGAUGGAGAUAUGACUGCUGAAAUAUUUACCUUGUGGAUGUAUUUAAGCUUUAAUAACAGCGAUAUAUGGUCAAAGGUACUGAAGUGGUUAUAGCAAGUUACUUUAAUUCUUAAGAGGAAGGAGCAGAUUUUCAUUCCCUUCCGGCUAUCAGGAAAAAUCAUUGUUCAUAUUAAAUAACAGAAUUUAACUCAGAUUAAAUUCAUCUUGGGGCCCCACCCUUUGAAAAGGGAAAAUUUAUAGCCAACUGAUUUUCUCUUUUAUCAAACGAGUCCUUGACUUGUGUACGGAUUACUGUAUAUUCCAUACACACUACCUGCAUAAUCAAGUUCUUUAUACAACUAACUACACACAUACAAACUAACAAACAAAUAAAUACAACCAUGUGGCUCAGGAGGUAGAGCGAGUCAUCCACUAAUCAGAAGGUCAGUCGUUCAAUCAUCGGCUCCUUCACUCUGCAUGUCGAAGUGUCCUUGAGCAAUAUACUGAAUACCAAAUUGCUAUGCCAUCGGGGUGCAAUGGCACCUUGCAUAGCAGCCACUGCCAUCAGUGUACUAAUGUGUGAAUGGGUGAAUGUGACAUCUUGUGUAAAGUGCUUUGAGUGGUUGGAAGAUUAAAAAAGUGCGCCAUUUACAUUUAACCAUGUAUAAAUGUUAUGAAGACGGUGAUGAACAAUUGAUAAAUGCAUCAAUGAAGUCGUUUAUACAUCGACAGACAAUUGAUAACAGGAGGACCAGUGUAUACAAAAUAAAGCAGUGAAGGAUGGUAAGAUCUUUUAAUUUGCAACAUGUUACACAUACAUAUUUACCAUAUGUCUAUAUAUAUGCAUAUGUAUACGUAGAUGCACAGCACAAUUAAAUGCUAUGAUCAGUUUUCUGGUCAGACAUGUUUUACUUCAUUAUUUAAUUGCAUUAUUUACUACUGUCAAAAACUGUCAUCUAGACUAUAACAAGUGGAGUGAGGACAGAAUUAAGCUAUUAUGACUUAUCCUAAUAGGCCAAUACAUAAUAUCAAGUAACCAUAAGACAUAUAUUUAAGGUUAAGAAAACAGUUAAGGUCAAGAAAUCAGUUUAAAAUAUGUCCCAAAUUACCAAACAAAUAUUCCUUCAUAUAAAGAAACAAUUCCUGUUAUUUUAGGGUUUAUUGCCCAUGCAUCCAAAUCAACAAUCUUAACUCUAAACUUCACAUUCUUUUCUUAUUGUUAAUGAGACAAUCAAUUAAUGUACAUUUUAAUUCUGCAGUGCAGGGUACCAGUUUCUUUGUCCGUUGUUGUCUUAUGAGUCCUGAGUUCAACUUGAUGGAAAUCAGAGAUUAUGAGAUGUUCCUGAAAAAGGGUGCUGUCAGGUGCUAUGCACAGUCAGGGAAAGCAAGUGGUAAUUUACUAAAGUGGCUUAGGUUGCCAGAAUUGGCCUCUCAACCUUUGUUGUUCAUGCUGCUGGGUUUUUGGAGGCCUGAUGUAAAUUGACAAAUAUGUCAUUCAACUUUCAAUUAGCAACCUGGGAGAUGUUUAUCAAUUCUUGGGAAAGAUUUGAACAUUUUCAUCAUCACUAUCUUUAUCACACUACAAAAGGAAUGUCAGUAUUUUGUGGUUUUGUAGCUUUUAUGAAAUUUUCUGAAUCAUAUUCUGCCAAACUUUUUAUAAAGAUUGUUUGUUUUUUCUUACAAUUUUCCGACUUUCCAAAGAAGCUAUUGUAGUACUUAUGCUGUUUUAUAAUCUAUGCAUAUUUAUAUUUUGGCAUUAGUAUUUUCAUCACUAAUAGCAUCCAAUUAGGUACACAUUGGUAUUUAAAUAUUGCAGGAUCAGGUACUUCUGUUUAUGGCAUGAGGCAGGAGUACAGAUAACAGGGAUGUGAUAAACUUCUUCUUUAGCAUUGCUGUGCCACAGCCUUCUGAGGAGUGGUACAGGGUAUACAGUUUAGGGACAAGCAAGUGCCUUAGCAAUUAUUAUUAAAUAUUAUAUCAUUGGAUUAUUAUUACUGAGGCAUUAAUGUGUAAGCAGCACUUGGAUAUUAAAGCUGGUAUAAAGUA